CGGCUGUGAUUGGCUGUCGUUCAUCACGUGUUCAUUCUGAAGAUGGCGUCUCCAAAUGGAGGUGACGAUUUUGAGAGCUCUUUGCUGAGUUUCGAGAAGUUGGACAGAGCGUCACCAGACCUGUGGCCGGAGCAGUUGCCUGGAGUUGCAGAAUUUGCUGCAUCUUGUAAAAAUCCCAUCAAUAAUUCACCCCGCAAAUGGAUGGCUGAGCUGGAGAGCGAGGACAUUGAGAUGUUGAAAGAGCUGGGUAGUCUCACCACAGCCAACCUGAUGGAGAAGGUCAAAGGACUUCAGAACCUCGCUUACCAGCUGGGUUUAGAGGAAUCCAGGGAAAUGACCAGGGGGAAGUUUCUAAACAUCUUGGAGAGGCCCAAGAAGUGACAUGUGUUUUACUGAAGCAACAGGAAAUGUGGGACCGCAAGGUGAAUCUGAUCCAUGUGCUUACCAAAAUGCAUCACAACACACUUCAAAUACUCUGCUCUCAGACCAUUAAAUGGAGUAAAAUUGCUAGAAUGAAUGGUUUGAGCUGAGGUCUUCUCUCAGUGACCCUGUUGUCCUCAUAGAUCGAUGCCUUUACAUUUACAGAAAAUGUAGAAUGAUUUAUUUCCUCUCAUCUCUUUUGCUGGUAGACCCGCCUUGAUGAAAUGUUCGUUAUUUAUUCUUAUUUCUAUUUUAAACAUGAUUUACAUUUUUUUUUUUUUUUUUUUUUUUUUUGCAAUUUGUGAAGUUGUAUAAUAAAGUUUU